AUGUCGGAGUUGAUUUCCUUCGAAAAUCCAGUUUUCAAGUACUAUGCUUUGGCAGUUGCGGGGACUGCGAUAAACAUGUUAAUCAAGGCCCCACUCACUGCGCGACAACGAUUCAAGCACGGCGCUUUCGCGAAUCCCGAAGACGCAAAGAGCGCGAAACAAGACAAACCAAGAGUCAACGAAGAAGUCGAACGAGUUCGCCGAGCUCAUUUGAACGACCUCGAAAACGUCCCCGUUUUCUGGGCGCUCGGUUUCAUUUUCGUCCUCCUCGAGCCAAGCGAAUCCUCCGCUCGAAAUCACUUCCUCGGCUUUUUGGCUGCCCGAGUGGCGCACUCCUUUUUCUACCUCUGUCAGAUUCCUCAACCGACUCGGGGCCUCGCGUUUUUCGCCGGAGUGGGCAUUGUUGGAUCCAUGGCUGUGCAAAUUAUUCAACGAGCUCUCUAA